AUGGUGGUGUCAUCAAGGUAUUUCUCUACCUCCUUGCACCUGGUACCAUGUUUUUUAACAGGUGUGCCAGUGAUUGUUCUGAUUGCUGUCCUGCUGGUAACAACCUCAGGAGCUGCCAGCACUGUGGUGUUUCUAAAGAUCCAGAAAGGGAAGGUAGAAAAGCAAGUGGAUGACAUCUGGUGGAAAAUCAACUAUGAUGAUAUCAUUGUCCUUGGAGAUCAGAAGAUUUCUUCCAAGCAGUCUGUGUCAAAGUUAAUGUAUACUGGAUUUGACCUCUCUGAAUAUUUGUUCCAGGGAAUUCUUGUUGCACUCAAAUACAUUGAUAACCAGACAGAUGCCUGGGUUAAGAACCAGUCAGUUCUUCAUGAGGUCCAAUUGAUGCGUGAGCUGAGACAUGAGAAUCUGGUGACUUUCUUUGGCAUAUGCACUGAGGCUCCAAAUAUGUGUAUUGUUACCCAGUACUGCAAGAAAGGAAGCCUACAGGAUGUUUUGAGGAACUCUGGUAUUGAAUUGGAUUGGAUAUUCAAACUGUCUUUUGCCUAUGAUAUAGCCAAUGGGAUGCUAUUUAUUCACAGCAGCCCACUGAACUCGCAUGGAAACCUGAAACCUGGCAAUUGUUUGGUGGAUAAUGGCAUGCAAGUGAAGCUGUCUGGAUUUGGGUUGUGGGAAUUUAAGUAUGGAAAGAAAUGCCAAGUAAUCACUGAGAAAACCACCAAAUAUGACGAGCUCUACUGGACAGCCCCAGAACUUCUCAGGCUUGAGGAGUAUCCAUUCCAGGGGACCCAAAAGGGGGACGUCUACAGUUUUGCUAUAAUUAUGAAAGAGCUGAUUUAUAACAAUGAGGACGGCCCUUUCCACGACCUGGACCAGGAAGCAGAAGAGAUCAUCAAUAGAAUCAAGGACCCUUCUACACACUUCCCUCUGCGGCCUUCUCUCUCAGGGGAGAAAUGCAGUGAAAGGAUCAUCACAAUGGUGAGAGCUUGUUGGGAUGAAAACCCAGAGAGAAGACCAACGUUCUCCUCUGUGAAAAGUUUAUUAAGAGAAGCAAGCCCUGAAGGCCAUGUCAGUAUCUUGGAUAACAUGGUGAAUAAACUGGAAAAGUAUGCCAAUCACUUGGAGGAAGUCGUGGAAGAAAGGACAAACCAGUUGACGGCAGAGAAGAGAAAGACAGACAAACUAUUGUCAUCACUGUUACCUAGUUUCAUUGGAGAGCAGCUCAUUGCUGGGAAAUCAGUGGAGCCGGAGAGUUUUGAUUCUGUGACCAUCUGCUUCUCAGACAUUGUUGGGUUCACGAACUUGUGCUCUCUUAGCUCCCCCCUGCAAGUGGUCAGUCUUCUGAAUGACCUGUACAGCAUGUUUGAUAACAUUACUAAGACAUACGACGUAUACAAGGUUGAAACCAUUGGAGAUGCCUAUAUGGUUGCCAGCGGCCUCCCGGUCCGCAAUGGGAUCAAGCAUGUUGAAGAAAUUGCUACAUUGUCUUUGCACUUCCUCAGUGCAAUGAUCCCUUUCAAGAUAGGGCACAUGCCUGGAGAGAAGCUGAAGCUCCGUAUUGGCCUUAACACUGGCCCAGUUGUUGCAGGAGUGGUGGGAAUCACAAUGCCACGGUACUGCCUGUUUGGAGACACUGUUAAUAUGGCCUCAAGGAUGGAAAGUACCAGUUUGCCUUUUCGAAUCCAUGUGUCCAUGACCACUGCUAAUGCCCUGCAAUCCAUCGGAGGUUACAACUUGCAAGAAAGAGGCACCAUAAAAGUAAAGGGCAAAGGGCACCAACAAACCUUUUGGUUAAAAGGGAAAUCUGGGUUUAACAUGCCUCUGCCAGAGUUCAGUGAUAACAAAGAGGGCAAUUUGCAGGGGCCUUUGCAGAUUCUCUGUGGGUCUGCAAAACCUGCAACAGGAUCUGCAUUGCCGUAAGGAAUAUUGCAAAGCCAAAAAAUCCCACAGAAAUGUCUUCUAAGGGGUACCUUAUUAGAAUAUGAAAUGAUCUGGAAUGACUUAAAUCCAUCUAUCUACUCUAAACCCAGCCUAGAAUAAUCUGUCCAAGACUCUCCACAGUAGUCUAUAAAAGCAAAAAAAAAGGGUUUAGAUCUGAUACCAUCGUCUCUCAAGUCAACAUGGCAUAUUCUGUUUAUUACCUUAACCCCGGUUCUAGGAGAUUUCACUUUAAGUUAUUUAACCAUGUUAGCUCCUUUCAUCUGAUACUUUAAACCUUAAUAUACCCUGAGUGAAGGAAAGAAUCUGAAAACUUUGGGUACACUGCAUGUAGUAUCAUCUGUGGUCUUCAGCAAUGAAUAAAUGUGACAGGGAGUUUCAGUAGGACGGUGACUUGGAUGUUUUAAUAGAGUAACUGCAGUGAUUUCUCUCCCUGUCAUUAGUUGAGUGUCAUGUUCCUAUGUUUUAUGUGAUAGAUUAAGCAUUGAACUGGAAUGGUAAGGUAAGUUACUUUUCUUACAAUAUGACAAACAGAAUAUGAUGUCACGACUAUGUCAGUAUGUAAAGGUCUCAGUAAGGCUAUGAUUCACUGUCUUAAGCCCUGUGCAAGCACAUCAUUCCCAGCACCUCCUUCACUAAAGGAGUCAGUUCAAAACGAGAUGCAACAGGGCUUGUACACACGCAGCCUGGAAGGGAGGAGGAAGGAAAAACAGAGGAAGGGAAAAAAUAAUUGAUUGCUACAGCAUCAGUCACAAUAAUCUCAAAGAUGAAAUGGAAAAAAGGUGAAUACAUGAAAUGCCAGUUUGUAAAGGACAAUACUAAUGUGGGUAAUAACCGAGAUUCAGGGAGUGACUGUAUGCUUAUAAAAGAAUGAGAAAAGAAGAGAGAGAUUUAAGCAAAUGGAGAGAGCAUUAGAAGGAAGAUAGAGCCUCAUGCUUCAGGGUGGAAGUGUAGCCUCUGACUAGUGUAAAUUAACAUUAAAAUGUCAUGCAGUGUUCAUCUCGGUGGCACGCUGUGGGAAUAUUGGCACCUUCCUCUGAAGGAUCAGGACUGCUGGAAACUGGCUUGUGAUGCAGUGGUUCUUUUGUUUUUAUUUCUAUCAUGUUCUGGCUGUAUCGCAUGCAUAGAUGUAUGUAAACCGGGCACCUCCAUUAAUGGAGACAAAUAAAGAAAUAAACAUACC